CAGCCUCUUCCGCACCAUGUGAGCUACCGGGACUGAAGCUCAUUUGUUCCCGGUUGCAUGCCGCAUCCUCCUGGAUAGAGUGGCACCCCGACAUAACCGGGGUUUCCAUCAACUUGAAUCAGGAAGCUCCAGUGCGAGCGAGAGGACUAGGUGCAUAAAACGGAGAAAAGCACGGGCUGUCCCCGGCAAAGAGCACAGAUCCACCGCGAUCAUGAGUGCGGACGUGGCGGUGUCUCUGUCGGUGCUGGUAGUUAUCUUUGUGCUGAGCGAUGUGACCCGCAGGUUGUUGAGUUGGGCCCUCGCGGACACCGGGCUGUGUGUGUACGCGAUGGAGCUUGUGUCUACUUUCCAGCUAUGCUGCUGCACGCACGAGCUUAAGCUGCUUUCCGAGGUAGGCGGGAUCGAACCCCAGCUUGCACUCACCUUGACGUAUCUGGCAUCCGUGGUCCAUGGACUCACCUUCAGAGGUGCCAUCGGGAACCCCUCCGGUACGCUCGAGCACGCGUACCAUGCGAGAUUUUCGGGUGGGUGCGCACUGCGGCGGAUCGGGUGCCAGUUCAUUGCAGCCACAGCUGCACGAGCAUGCGUGCCCAUAGUGUGGGGUAUUGGCAUGUCGGGACUGCAUGUGAGGCAUAAAUUGCUUGGUUUUCAGUGUAUCAGCCCCAUUCAUGCUUCUCUGCCCAAGGCUGCGGCCGUGGAACUCGCGUGCGCCUUUGUGGUCCAAACUGUCCUGACGCACACACAGUCGGUGGAGGAGAAAUACCGCGUGCACGCAGUAGCUGCUGCCAUCACAACAGUUGUUUAUGCAGGUGGCAGUGUGACAGGAGCAGUGUUUAACCCAGCGCUGGCCUUCUCCACACAGUUCCCCUGCAGUGGAAACUCCCUCCCAGACUACUGCUUAGUUUACUGGCUGGGCCCUCUGCUGGGUAUGAUGAGCUCAGUGCUGCUGUUUGAUAAACUUACGCCUGUGCUGUCGAAGAAAUCCCCAUCUCUCAACUAUCUCCCACUUCAGACCAAGAAGACAACAUGAGCAUUGGAGGCUAUCGUACUUUAUUCAACCCAAACUACAAGGCACACUUUAUAUGCACUUUAAAAAAUAUUUCAACCUCGUAUGUUUUACAGUGAAGCAUUAUCAGGACAAUGUCACAUCAGCAGCACACCUCGAAGGAGAUAAAUACAGCUUAAACUUUUUAUCUGUAAGCAACAGAUAGAACUGGUUAGACACUUUAAGUCCACACAGUACUUCAAAUUAUUUAACUGACUUUUAGGACAGCUUACUAAAGAGUGUUUGCAUGAUUUAUUAGUAAAAAUGCAAAUAACUGGUUUUCACUAUUGCACCUAUUCAACACAGGUGGUAAAUAUGCACCAAGCUGUGCCUUUUUGCUUUUAAUGUCAAAUCCCUCAAGUAAGUAGUUGUAGUAAUAAUACACAGCUAUUGUAUAUUUAUGCAAUAAGUCAUUUAUUUAAGCUAAUGCACAAAUAAUUUCACUUUAAAUUCUUACUGGAAGCCAAGUGGGAUAUUUUAUAAUAUUAUGAUGAAACUAUAUGCAUGGUACUUUAAUUAGUUGAACAGUUUAACAGAGGAAUGUAUAUAAUAUGAUAAAUGUUUUUAUUUAAUGUGACAUUCCAAAUCAAAGCACAAAUUAGGAGUCUUCUGCACAGCAUGUCUUUUAGUUCUUGGUCGCUGGACAAAUUACUGAUGUCUCCCUUUUCUCCAUUUAUUUCAACAAAUUUGUAAAAAGUUAACAUUUUAGAAGAAUCUCUGCAAAGUAGUUCUGUUACAUCUAAUAGUCAUUUGUGUGCAAACGAGCAGGCAAGUCACUGAAUUAUAAUAAAUCAAGCAAAAGCAGA